AUGGAGUCUCCAAUCCUCAUCAUCGCAACAGAAAACGCCUACUUCAACACCACGCCCUUCGAGCAAGAAGGCUACACCACCACGCAUAUCCCCCGCGCCACCCAGCGCGACCUCGAAGACGCAACCGAUAACAUCGAGCCUCACCUGAACAUUCACUCCCCUCGCCUGUGUAAUCGCCUACUAUCCACCUACUCUCCCUCCCUCCUUCAAAGUACACCCCCCACCAUCCAAGCCCUCAUCCACCUCCCGGUGGACACGCCCUUCUCCCCCGCCAGCAAACCCCCGCACGUCCUCAUCAAAUCCUACCAAUCCCCCUCCGGAUUCGCCGAGCCCUCAUCCCCCACCUACGACGCCAUCGCCUCUAGCAUCGCCUACACCCGCACGCUUGAGCUCCUCCGCCGCACCAUCGGCCCCAUUGUGUCGAUCAUGACGACGUUUGGGAGCGUCAUCUAA